GUCAGGAAGUAAUUGUUUAUUUAUAUCCGGUGCAGCUCGUUGUUUACGGCGUGCUAGCAACAGGCUAACAGGCUAACCGGACACUUUGCUCGACUCGACUCGAAACGAAACCGGGAGCUCCAGUGAGACGAUCCGCCGGUUACCGGAGGAGUUCAUCCUCCUCACAGCCGGAGGUUUGGAUCCAAACAUCGGAUAAAACCGAAGAUGAGUCCGCCUGCUGAUGCUAAUGCUAAUGCUGAUGCUAAUGCUGAUGCUAAUGCUAACUUGGACGAGAAGGUACUUCAGUAUGAAAACUUCAUCAGUGAUGUCCUGAAGAGAGAUUUACAGAAAGUGUUGGAGCAGAGAGACUCAGUCUAUGAGAAAAUCUCUCAAUACCUGCAGCUGAAAAACACCAUCCAGAGUCUGGAGGACUCGGGCUCUAAGCAGCUGAAGACGGACGUUGAUCUCGGCUGUAACUUCUUCGUCCAGGCUGAAGUGGAGGACAGCUCCAUGGUGUGCGUGGCGGUCGGAUACGGUUUCUUCGUGGAGAUGAGUCGCUGCGAGGCUCUGAGGUUCAUCGAUAAGAAGACCAGUCAGCUGACAGCCUUCACAGAGCAGCUCAGCAAAGAUUCUGCAAAGAUCAAAGCAAACAUCCGGAUCGUACUAGAGGGUCUGAGGGAGCUGCAGGGACUGUCUGACCUGACGUAGAGCAGAAGAAGAGACAUUUAGACUCGAGGACGUUCAGGUUGUCAACCUGCAGGAGGCGUAAAUAACAAACAGAGAAGAGGAGCUGAGGAGGAGGAGCUGAGAGCCGACGAGGAGCUGAGGAGGAGCUGGGAGGAGUCAGAGAUCCUGCAGGAGGUGAAUAAUUGUCAGACUGACUUUAUUAAUAGGAAGUUUCUGUAGGACUUCCAAAUAAAGUCACAGGAAGUGGCUGAUGACGAAAACAUUCAAAUGUUGUGAAUCUGUAAAUUAUUUUUGUCAUGUAGAUGUUUUCUCAAACUAUUAAAGUUUCGUCAUCUGGCCAAAAAUAUGUGAACAGAGCAAUUAUUUUUAUGAAUAUUAUUUAUAGUCUAUUGUAAUUCAUGUGUUUCAGUGAACGAAGUCUGAAUCCUGUAGCAUUUAGAAGUGUGAAGAAAUAUUUUUUUCUGUGUAAAUCAUGUUUUUUCAUAUUGCUCUUCAUUCUCUGCAUUAUAA